AUGUGGUUGUUUUUCAGUGCAAUCAGAAAGGAUGUGAUGCAAUAGAAUUUGAUGUAUGUUUAACCAAAGAUGGGGUACCCAUUGUAUUUCAUGACAACACUUUGGAAAGAAUGGCCAAUUCUAAUUUAAUUGUUGGUGACACAACAUGGGAAGACCUUGCUAACAUUGAUAUUUCAGUGAAUCAUUCUCAAAAGGAGAGGUUUGUAAAUACUAAAAUCCCAACACUAGAGCAGACUGUUCAACAAUUACUCACUGAUGGCCAAAGAAUGUUCAUCGAUAUUAAAGAUAACAAUUAUAAGAUGGUUGGAGUUAUUCAAGAACUUUUUAAAAAGUACCCCGAAUUGGUUUCAAGGGCUGUAGUCACUUCCUUUUUUCCGAAUAUCAUAUAUUGGAUUCGACGAGGCAAUCCAGAAAUUGUUGGUUCACUCUCAUAUAGACCAUAUGCAUUUUCGCGUGAUUCUUUCAAAUAUCCAGAAGGAAAGGGGAAUAAGAGGACUGAAGCCGUGUUCAAAUAUUAUUUGUUGUGUUCGCUAGAUGCUUUACUAGCAUGGGCAGUACCCAGGAUUAUAUAUUACAUAUUGGGAUUAUCAACAAUUUUGUUGCACAAGGAUGCUAUAAGUGGCGAAGUAAUUUUGGAUUGGCGAGACAAAGGUGUGAGAGUAAUUGCUUGGAGUGUAAAUAGUCCAAUAGAAAAGCAGCAUUUAGCGCGUAAUUUGAAAAUUAGUUACCUAACUGAUACGUUAACUGGGGAGACAACAGUUCAUAAUGCACCGAGUUGAUAAAGGUUCAACAGAUUUAUGUAUACAUGUAAUUACUCAUUUUGACAACUGUAAGUUUAUUUGAUUCAUCGUAAAGGUUUCCUGGAAAUUUUAAUUACUUUUGUCAUUGGCAUAAUAUAUUCAUAAAAAUACUUUGAUGAACAUUUAGUUGCAUCAUUUCAUCGAUAAACUGUAUUUUAAGACAAAAACCUUGGAGUAUCAAUAGAUUACUUUGCAUCUAAAAUUUUAUGCUAGACAACCUGAUGUAACUAUCCUCAAAAUAUUGUUUAAGUUAUAAAAAAAAUAAAAAUGAAGUUCUUCAAUGGUUCCUAUUCAAUGUGUAGCUAAACACCUAUUUUACUAGUUAGGUGUCUUUAAAUCUUUGAAAAAUUGCUUCAUAUAAUUAUGUAAGGAAGUUGACUUUUUGCCAUAUAAGCCAAAGAUUAGACAGUAUUGUAAAAACUAUAUGCA